UUACACAAACACUCUCACCACGUGCCUAUCUGUCCGUCCGUUCGCCUGCUUUUGGACUCCACUGUCCAAACAUCACCGCUGGAGCUCUCGCCUAAAAUUGUAAGUGCACACACACACACACACACACACACACACACACACACACACACACACACACACACACACACACACACACACACACACACACACACACCUCACAAGCACACAUACAAACAUGCAUAAUCCUAUUUGAGAUAAGGAUAAGGAUAAGUGCUCUGCUGCUCAACAAGGGAAAGGGUGCAGGGUGAAACACUUGUUGAAUGAUAAGCCCCUUUACUCCAGCUAUGGGCAAUGGUCAUUUGGUAUUGUGCCGGUUGAGUAACUAAUUUGCCAGAAAUUUGUAUUCCAACAUCUUUUGAACUUAUUAAUUACUCUUAAAUUUAAUCUGAAGGACUGCAAAAGGUUUAUUCUGUAAGACAACGUGAAACACAGAGCUGGUCAUAAAUGUCCCACAGUCAUUCAGUUAUGUGUCGGUGGGAUCAAGGCAAUCUUGAUGAGGAUUUACUUCAAACAGGUUUAUGACUCCGUCCUUUUGCACUCUGAGAGAAUAAGUUUAUUACAGUACAGAGUACAAGUAGACUGUGAACAAGUUUUACACAAAGAAAAGCUUUUUCUGCUCAGCAAGUAAAGUGAAAGUGAACUAAGCUAUGAUCAGACUGGCUUAUUGUGUUGGUAAGAGGGUCAAGGGCUCAUACAUACAUUUAGCUUAAAAACUGUGUCAAGGAGCAUGGUUUCCCCGGUUCCUGAUCAUGUUUGCAUACAAUACAAUACAAUAUAGUUGACAUUGUACUUUUACACGUUGACAAUUUUCUUUUUUGUUUAUUUUGAAGGAUUAAUCUGCUUCACAAAGUCACAUGUCAACCAGGGUGUUAAUCAUUUACAAACAUGCACAUAAAACCUCUUCACCCUGGAUGACCCGAUUUCAUUGUCAUGAUAGAAGGUCAAUGCUUACAAUGAAAAGGUUAACUCUGACAGCUGUUGAUUCAUAUAUUGCUCAAUUUAAACUGUAAAUCAUAUACGCCAUAUUUACAAUAAGCAACCAGCCUUUGUUCAUGUGUAAUGCCUAACAAGAUUUUAUGAAGGGUGUGUCAACAAAGGCUACAAACUGUAGUGAAUGUAAACUAUAACCUUACGACUCCUUUUCAGCCCUUUCUCCCUCACAUUUGUAAAUGAAGUAGUAUUUAAUAUACUCACUGUUUUUCUCUACUGUAGAGUCCGACUAUUUAUAUCUGGAUUUUAAAAAGUCACAUUCAGUCCAAUAAACUACUAUCAUGCUCAAGUGAUGCAGUGAUCCAGUGCUGUUUUCCAGUGAUAUCAUGGAUGCUGCCGAGUUUCGACGCAGAGGGAAGGAGAUGGUGGACUACGCAGCUGACUACCUAGAGAACUUAGAACAGCGCCCGGUCUACCCAGAUGUGGAACCAGGAUAUCUCCGUUCCCUGAUCCCUUCUGAGGCCCCAACAGAGCCGGAGAGUUAUGAGGACCUCAUGAAAGAUGUGGAAAGGGUCAUUAUGCCAGGGGUGAGCUGAUUUGUUGAUGCACAUUAUGGUAUUAAAGACACAGAGAAUUCAUCUCUUUUUUGACAGUAAAUUAAAUGUUCAGUUAAACAGGGGGCUGAUCAAAUGGGUCAUUUUGUACAUCUAGAAAGAUUAAAUAAAAUAUCAUUGUGACAAAGUUAAGAAGACAUUUUACUCAGUACUCCACAUCGCACACUUGUUGCACAUCAGGCUAUUUAAUGUUCAUUUGGCAUUUCCAUUUUUGAUGCUUCUUUAACAGACAUUUCUUUUCAAAGCCUUAUUGAUUCAUUUUUGCUGUUUCCGAGUCUCUAGAUUAAUAUCCUCACACAUUCUGGCUUCCACUGAACCUGCUAGAAAAGUCGUAUCAUUUAAAAGUAGCUUAUAAAAUGAGAUUAAAAGGUCUUUAUAUUAAGAUCUAUAAAGAUUGAAAUGAUGUUCUUGUUUUUUGUUACCUAAUUCCCAGUCAAAACACCUUCCAUUGUGCCGAAGUUAGCUCACAGUGAAUGCGAGCUUACUGAACCACAGCCUAAUCACACCUUGCAUUUUAUAUUUUAACAACAACUGUAAUAUACUGUGUUAGAUAAUUAGAAAUAGUUCUGGCAACUGAUUUCAUGUUUUUUCAACUCCCUCUAGAUCACCCAUUGGCACAGCCCAUACUUCUUUGCCUACUAUGCAUCUGCCUCCUCUUAUCCAGCCAUGUUAGCCGAUAUGCUAUGUGCAGCUAUUGGAUGCAUUGGGUUCUCCUGGGUAAAGGACGUUUGCAUCUAUAUCUGAUCACCUCAAUUUAACUAAACUUUACAUUUAAUUCUUGUUUACCAAAGGCUAAAACUCUUCAUUUGUUUGUUUGGUGUGUAUGUGUCUGUGCGUGUGUGUGUCUCAGGCUGCCAGCCCAGCCUGCACAGAGCUGGAGACAGUGAUGUUAGAUUGGCUGGGAAAGAUGCUGCAGCUGCCGGAACAUUUUAUAGCUGGGACUCAAGGCCAUGGAGGAGGAGUCAUCCAGGUACGAAUCUUAUAUGUCAAUUUUAUGACUGUGAACUCCAUAAGUUUUGAAAAGAUGUCAUGUUCCUGUGUAUUCUUUGUUUUUACUUGGAUAGAGUAAAAACAACAGAGUGGCAAUCUUAAAAGACUUAAAGGAAGAUUCCUGUGCAGAGUCCUAAUUUACAGAACUAACUGAUAAAUGGAAAAUAUACUACCCUGAAAUGUAAAGAUGAUACCAGCGGCUUGUUACAAAACACUCCUUUAAAGUUUUAUAACCUGCUAAAAACUCCUCACAGGAGCUUGAGUAAUUUCUCAAGUUAACUUGUCCAUUUGACUUUCACAAAAACAAAGGUGAAUAUACACAUUCACAACUGCGUUCCCCUUAACCUAGCAAUUUGUGUAUCAUUGAUUUGUCGCCUCUUACUCGAGCUUACGUUGGCUGAAAAUUGGCAGGAAAUUGCCUUUUAAUGUGUCAUCCACAGACUGAGAUGACGGUGAUGGGGUUGGGAUUGUUUCGUGUGGUGAAAGGAUAAUUAUUAGUUUGGUGUUUCAUCGACAGAGAUGCAGAGGCAGAGGAUGCUAGCUUUAUGUCUGUGCAUGUGUAUGUGUGUGUUUGUGUUUGUGUGUGUGUGUCUGUGGGAUGCUGAGUGUUGGAGCAUGAGAGUGCACUCUGAUGACAGAUCAUUUCAUGCCUCUUCUUCUGUGACCACCUGAGUGUAAGGGUUUCUGUGCGUUCAUCUGCUUUUUGUUUUUGUCUUGCUGCUCUCCUUUUUAAGUGCAGCUUACCCCGCUCGCUAUGGCAACCAGCGGGGCUCUUCUUGCUGCAGCAGGGCUAAUGAGAGUUGUGACAGCUAUUAUAUUAUAAGCCUUAUGCCAACGAAAAGGGAAAAUGGGAUUCAAAAAGACUCUGUGGUGACCUUUGAUUUCCCUUUUCCCCUUGUGUGAGUUAUUAGAUUCUGCGGAUGAAAAAAGACAGUUUGUCUGUAAUUAAAAUAGAUUAACAGUGACAAAAGAUUGCACAGAAAGAGAAUGAUGUGAGAUCCCUGUAUGUAAAACUAAAGUUUUAAAGGUAGACUUUCUUUUCAUCAUGAAAACUAAAUUUGGUUCAAAUUAUUGAGAUCAACCAAGCGGUUGAUUUCAAAAGGCCUGUUGUGAUAAAAUACUUUAGCUGGGUUAUAUUAAAAACAAAACCAUGUCAUAUUAACUGAUGAGAGCUUGUUGACGUGUAUCAAGGCUACCAGCUUUGGAGGUUAUUUAUAGCAGCUGAUGACUACAUCUGAGGUUAGUGCUUGGUGUGCUUUGUAAGCAGGGAAGGAAACAGGAAGUAUGGUUUAGUAGGAUUGGAAGCUUUAUUUUUUUGUUCUUAUUGGUUCAGUCCUGUCCCCUGAUACCCAACAUUUUGAUAGUUGAAUAGAUGAAUUAAUCAUCUCUGUGGGUCCCUUGCCUCUGAAAACUCUGGCUUAAUCUUACUCAAAUUUCUUCCAACAUAAUUGCCAUAUCCUGUAGUGGACAGCAUGUCUGAAAAGCAAUUUGUGCUCAUUGAUAAGGUGAUUUUCACAUUUUAUUGAUUUUCUCACAGUAAUGCGCCCAAAAAGCUGAAAAGCCACGGUUCACCUCAUGAUGUGGGCUUAAGCAUUUAUUACCUCCGCCGAGGAGGUUAUGUUUUUGGUAGCGUUGGUUUGUUUGUUUGUUUGUCUGUUAGCAACUUUACAAAGAAAGUAACAGACGGAUUGACCUGAAAUUUUCACCAGAGGUGCGUCUCAGCCCCAGGAGGAUCUCAUUAAAUUUUGGUGGUGAUCCAGACAAAAUUCUGGAUACUGUGAUCCAGAACACACAAAAAUAAGGGUGUCGUUGGAAUUUUCAAUGCUGAAAGAUAACUAAUGGGCGGCACAGAGGUGCAGAUAGGUGGCACAGUGGCGUUGUGGUUAGCACUGUCGCCUCACAACCAGUAGGUCCCGGGUUUGAAUCCCGGUCAGGGCAUUUCUUGUUUAAGGGGGGACAUGAGCUGCUUGGCGGAGGUCUGCGCCCUACGAGUGCUUUUCUAGUUACUGUAUCAGACAGGCUGAAUAAUGAAUCAUGACACAAGUUAUAACUAAAGUGAUUUCUCUCUCUAAUGGGCUCUCGCAGCUUCAACAGAGGUGUCCCCUUCAUUGAAUAACCACAGGUCAUAUUUAAGGUUUGAUGAAUCAAACACUGGAGCAGCAUUACUUUACAGGUUUCCUCUGAUUCUCCCACAGGGCACAGCCAGUGAGGCCACACUGAUGUCCCUGCUUGCUGCUCGCUGUAAAGCAGUGCGGCGUGUCCAAGCAUCAAACCCAGAAAAAUCAGAGGGAAGUAUCCUCUCUGAGCUGGUGGCAUAUACAUCUGAACAAGUAAGAAAUGCUAUUUCAAGUGUUAUCUCUGUUAUUUUAUAAGGGCUAUUAUACUUGCAGUUUAAUUUGCUAUUUUGAAAAAUCAGGAAAUUUCUUAUUCUAUUAAAGGUUUCCUCACUAUUUUGGUUCGAUUGAUUUGACUUUCUAAUAUUUUCACAUGUAUGCCUUUUGCACCACAAGACUAAAAAGCACUUUUGCGACACUGUUCAUUCAAAAGCAAAGGUCAGAAAAAACAGCAUUUUUUACUUUGCAUUUGCAUUUCUCAUUGCAAAUAUGUUGAUGUCUGCUGAGUGUUUAACAGUGUGUGUAAACUUAGAUCCCUGAAGGUAACAUUAACAACAGUGAGAGGCUUCUCCAGUGAUUGAGUGAGACAGAGGGUCAUGCAGGCUGUAGCUCUGAUCAGGUUUAAUAGCAGACUGACUUUGUGAUUGGGUUAGAGAGUCGCCUAAGGGCCACACAGACCUUUUACAGGGAGAGCACUUUGUGGGUUUCCUACUGAACACUGCCCUUACAUCUGAAAAUACAAUUCCUAAGUUUAUAUGUAUAUUUCCUGUUUUGAAUGUUCAUCUUUUGCACAUGAUCAGUUAUAGAACGCUGAAGAGAAAACUUGAGCUUAAUUCUUAGGAACAGAAUUAACUCAAAUGGGAAGAAUUUGUGCCAGGAGGAUAUAAUUUAAAAUUUUUUUCCAGUAUUAUUGCAAUGUAAAAAAACAAAAAACAAAAUUCAAGCUUUUGCUGGUUGACAAAGGUUUUUUAAAAAUUCUCAUGCAUUUAAUAAUUUAAAUGAACUACAAACAUGUAUUUGUAGAAUUUUCAACAUAUGUUCUCCUAAAGACAUCCUGUAUGAUGUUAUCUAACAGAUAAUUUUAACCAUCUAAAACAUUCACAAAUUAUAAGAUAUGAAACUGAUGAUUAAUUACCCCAAAAAGCAAAUAAUAAUGAUUCAGUUAGUUUGUUUCCCACAUGUUGCAUCCUGUUUCCUCCUCAGGCUCAUUCUUCAGUGGAACGAGCGGCUCUCAUUGGAGGAGUAAUGAUGAGGAAGGUCCCCACUGACAGCAACUACGCCGUCGUAGGUGAUGAUUUGAAAAAGAUGGUGGAAGAAGACAAAGCUGCUGGACUCAUCCCUUUCUAUGUAAGAACAGUAAAAAAAUCAAAAUGAACUCCCACAGAAAUAACGAACACACACAGCAACAUUUCAAAUACUGUUAUAUUGUUUUUGUCAUCUUUUCGCAUCUAUCACUGGAUUUCUUUUAUAACUUAAAACCUCACAAACACACGGGCACGCAGCCUCUCACAAUGAUACUGUUUGCCUGUGCUUACUGCUGUGCACACCCUGAGGCUUCUGUUGAAGCAUAACAUUGUUCCUGUUGGUACUAAUGCUUGUCUAUCUAGUUAAGGACAAUAAUCUUUGUCUCAUCUGGACCCUCAGUUCCCUAUCAGUGCACAGAAACAGUAGGCUGCAGUGCCACAGCAGCAGAAUGAUUUCCUAUGUUUAAAUAAGGAAAUGCUGAUCUGUGUAUGUUAGAAAAGUGAUGUGUCAUAUUAGAUACGAUGAUUAUAAAUCUGAAUUUUCUGUUAUGAAAUUAUUUAGAUUGAAUCUGACAGAGGUGCCAGAGUUCAGGGUGUUGAUGAUUUGUGUGUUUGUGUCUUUCAGUUCUGUGCGACGCUUGGCACCACUCCAUCAUGUGCUUUUGACCAUAUUACUGAGUUGGGACCUCUAUGUGAGUCAAAAGAAAGAGAUUGUAAUUUUUAUUAACUGAGGAUUAAACACUUUGAAAUUAAGAUUACAGGGAUCAGGUUAUAUGAAUAAAAUCUUCUGUGCAUUAUGUUGAGGCUCAUAAAUACGUAUGAAAACAGUCACUUUCCAAAUCCUAGAAAAAAAUCCUAGAAGUCGUCUAUUGAUAGAUUUGUAUAUUUUUAACUGUCUGAAGAUUACAUUUCUAAUCUCCUGUUUGAAGCUUUUGCUGAAGUGGAUUGUUGUGUCCCCUCUAUAAACAAAGUGGUACCUCGGUUUUCUGCUAUGAAUUUUUCUUGUACAUGUUUAAGAUGUCUUUAUGGUAAAAAAAAUGUCAUCCCAGUGUUUUAUAACAGUAAACUGUCUCACAAAUUGAGAAUCUCCGCAGCGGAGAAGGUUCAUUAAAACAAGAUGUUUUGGCAGGUUGUUGGAAAUUGUCUCCUCUGACACGCAAGAAAUGAGCAGUCUUGGUCCUGAUUGUCUUGUUCUAUCACGACGAGACAUUGCUAUUACUUUAGUCUACCGUGUGUCCAUCAGAAAACUCCUCACAAGACAUUCAAGUUUUCUUUUUUUUUUGUUAAACUGUUUUAACUUUGGGCUUUAAAUCUGAAAUAACACAAGUAUUCGUACCACAGAUGCUAGUUGCCUCUCCCUUUUUUGUCUGUUCUAGGUAAUAAGGAGAACAUGUGGAUGCACAUCGAUGCAGCCUAUGCUGGGAGUGCAUUUAUCUGCCCUGAAUUCAGGCCUUUGCUGAAUGGCGUUGAGGUAUGAGAAAACAUCAAACUCAUGUUCACACAGUGCAUGGACACAGUGGAAAUUUUGACUUUACAGGAAAAUUCGCACACAGAAAAUCUCUUGAGAAAUAUGUCAUUGUGUUCAGGAGAAUGAGGUUAAAGUGUGAUCAAAAAACUCUUCAUGUAAAGAUACAUGUUACUGCUGACUGUCCAACUGAGUGUGAAAUGUUUCUAAUCACAUCUAGGAAAAGGAAACACUGACCACACACUGAUUGUAUCCAGCUGCUAGAUUUCUUUUUCAAAUGGCACGACGUUAAUGUCAAGGAGGAAACAGGCAGGAGUGAGUAAUAGGCUGAACAAUUGGCAGAAGCGUACGAGCAUCAAUCCUCCUUUUGAGGCUUGCUGAGGCUGCUGUUGCUCCCUAAGCUGUGCAGAGACGCAGAGAUAAGGAGAAAGUAAUUUCCUGAGGCAGAGUCAGACCUUUAUAUAUCACUGUUUAUUGCACACACAAGUUCAAACAUCUUUGGUGGCCAGCAGAGAAAACUGACUGAAAAAGAGACCAGCUGUUGUUUUAUCUUUUGACACUUGUGGAUGGAUGUACAUUAGCUGUGGAAAUGUAAAGAAACAGAUUUUCUUCACAUGAUUUUAAACUCGCUUGUCUGUCAUAAUCCGACAGGAAUUAAAGUUCUUCUUUAGGUAAAAGAGGAGGACAACUUUACAAACUCAACCACAUACAAUGAUAUUUAGUAAAACUCUUGGGGUCAGUUAAAAUUUCAGGUCAGGGACAUGCAGAGAGAGGGCGGUGUUUUAGGGUGAUAAUGUUGCCCUGCUGGAGUGUUGGUUGCUAGGAUAUGAGUGAUGGUGACCAGCACCCUUUGAAUCAGUCAACAUGGCAACUGUCAGCCAGAAGUCUGCCUCACAUUGUCUCUCUACGCUGUGUUAUUGCAUAGACAGUAAAAGGGUAGAAAAGGAUAUUACAAAAGAUAGCAAACAAUAAGAUGAGAACAGAUAAGAAAGAGGUUUGUCUGUCUUUGAAUAGACGCUGCCAGGAAAGGGUGAUUUUCCUCUGCACCCCUUGAGCUGUUGGCUGCAUGCUCCUCUUUUGCAUUUCAAAUAAACUGUGUCUUCUAUAGUCGAGAUGCUGAUGAUGAUGGUAAAAAGGUUUCUGCAUCAGAGGUGGUUUAUAAAGAUGCAUUAUGAUCCAUGUUUCUGCAGAAAUAGAUAUUGAGAGUUGUGUUAAUGUAACAAUAAAGAUAGUCCCAAAUGAUUCAUUAUUGUGCAUAUGUUUCAAUAUCAAAUGCUGAUGUUAUGAUUUUACACAAUUUGUUCUAUAGAAAAGUGUUGGUAGCACUUUAUUUGAUGCCUAUCUCUAUAACGCAUUGUAUGUAUAUAUAUAUAUAUAUAUAUAUAUAUAUAUAUAUAUAUAUAUAUAUAUAUAUAUAUAUAUAGAUAUAUAUGUAUAUAUCAUAUAUAUAUAUACAUACUGUAUAUAGAUAUAUAUGUAUAUAUCAUAUAUAUGUAUAUAUCAUGCAUUUUAAUCACAUUAUAGCACUGUAAAUCUAUAGUUAUAAACACUCAUGAAUGAUCAUCCUGCUUUAUAGCAAUAAUCAUAACACAUUAUAAAGCAUUUUAUCAUGACUUACAAGGUCAGGUAUUAUAAUAUGUUAUAACUGUUAACAACUCACUGACAAUGCUCAAAGUGUUUUUAUGUAUAUAUUUUUUUCUGUAUCAUCCUAGUAGGUAUUUCUUUCUUCUUAAGUUUGCAGAUUCUUUCAACUUUAACCCGCACAAAUGGCUCUUAGUCAACUUCGACUGCUCUGCAUUGUGGUAAGCUGCUGCACUAUUUUGAGAUAACUGUGUCCUUUAUCGAGCAACUGUUAAACACUGUGCAUCAUUUGUCAUGAUACACACUCUAUGUUUUUGUGUGUGUCAACCAAAGCAAACUGUUCAGGAAGUCAGAAAAUGUACCGCUUCAUCUCAGAGUGACUCAUGGUCAGAAAAAGCUGCAGUAGGUAGUUAGGGUAAUCUCCCAACUGUCAUCCAUCCACACCUAAAUCAUUUGCAGAGUAAAAAUAGACCCACGCCUUCCAGCUGCCUCUUCCAUCAGCGGCAAACAAAAUGAGACAAGCUUGGCAUAAGAUGGAAACAAAGGUGUUUGAAACCCGGUCAGGUGCUGAUGGGUGGAGGGUCUUCACGCCCUUUUUCCAUCAGCUCUGGCUUAGACUGUCUCUACUCACAGGGCACCGGCUGAUUUUAUGACUUUUAUGUUUUAGUUUCCCAUUACUACCAAUACUUUGAGUUACUUAGGCCAACAAUAUACUCCGAUGUGAGAUCCAUUUACACAUUUUUAAAGAGAUUUGAUUAAUCUGAAGAAUACUGUUCACUGUCUCUUAUGACAAACUAACAACAAAAGCUUUAUGAUGCAGUGUAUUAUUGCAUAUAUGUCAUGCUUCACACAGAGGUAAUACAAAACAAGAACUUUAAGUACUAGAUUGUGUAAAAUCUACUUGAAACUUUGGUUGAUUUGUACAUUAUUAAUGCAAAAGGAUUUUUUUUCCACGUGAGGUAUGUGAUGCAGUGAUUUUUUUUUUUCUGCUUGUCAACAGGGUGAAAAAGAGGACAGACAUCAUUGGAGCUUUUAAAAUGGAACCGCUUUACCUGAAACACGAAAACCAGGAGUCAGGUAGAGUUUAUACUUUCAAAUUAUUUCACCCGUUAAUCACAGGCCAGAUUAGGUGGAUUCCUGAUAUUAAAUAGAUUUUAAAAACGACCUUUUGACUUGUUCAUAUUACAGUCAAGACAGCAGGCUAACUCAAAUGUGCUGUACUUUCAAUCCAGUUGUUCCUGGAGAAGAGAAAGCACACAUGUGAGGAUAAAUAUGUGACAACCAGAUGUUUGAGUUUGCGAUUGUACAUCUAUGUUUGCGACAAGUCGUUUUACACCCUGGAAAAGAUAAGCUUCUGAGAAGUGGAUGCAAUCUUGAGAGAAAGAGUGCAUUUUAAAAGAGACUCAAAAAGACUGCAAACUUUUCCAGAGAUUAAACAAAUCAGUCCUAGCUCUAAAACUUCUGUGAUAUGAUUAACGGUCAGUGUGCAUCAGUCUGCAGCUUCUGAGCACGCUUAUACAAAAUGUUCUUUGCCUCUGGAUGGAAUCAGAUCUGCACUAUAAUUUUCUACAACAGACAAGCAGACAGAGACAAAAGACAACCAGUGUUUGCCUGCCACAUCAGUGCAGCACCUCACAAAAGCCUUCGCUCACACAAUCCGGACUCUCCAAUCUAAUUAGUGGUUAUUAGCAGCAGCUAACACAAGGCUCCCUCCCGUGAGAGAUGAGCUAUCUGAAGCUAUUAGUGUGUGUGGACUGAUAGUGCUGUGAUCAGUGAGAUACAGUGGGUGGACCCAUGACUUCAACACCUGGACAAAUGAGCCCAAUCCAAAUAUCCAAGAUAAAACAUUCAGUGUCAGAAAUCUGUUGGUAUAAAUGUGUUUCUGUGUUUGCUGUCUUUAAAAUCUUCCUGUUUUUCUCUUAACAGGUCUGGUUACAGAUUAUAGGGUAAGAAUUUGCUCACUUAAUUUUGUUACCACGAAUAAAGGCAAUUGAAGCAACCCCAGCUGAUAUUAAACUGGCAAAGAUAAGAGCUCUACCUUCAUAGUCUCCUUUUUCUAUCCUACAGCAUUGGCAGAUUCCACUUGGAAGGAGAUUUCGUUCACUAAAGAUGUGGUUUGUCUUCCGUCUUUACGGGCUAUCAGGCAUGCAGGCUCACAUACGCAAGGUAGGAAAUCCAUUUGAUUAUUCCUUCCCCUCAGUUUUUCAGCCUAUGUGUGUGUGUUUAAUUUGAAAUUCCUGCCUAGUCUGUUGGCUAUAAUCUCAACUCAACUCAACUUUAUUUGUAAAGCUCUUUAAAACAACCACAGCUGAACAAAGUGCUGUACAUAAAUAGACAAAACAACGCAGACGUAAAAACAAUCAAAAAACAAUUAAAACAAUGGAUAAAAUAAAAGCAGAAUUAAAAAGUAAAAUAUAGUUUCAAUGUUUUUAAAAACUAAUUUAAAAACAUAGAAACAAAUAACUAAAAACAAACCAUAAAACACUAAAACAGAAGCCGAGUCUCAUGCAGGGUUAAAAGCCAAUGAAUAAAAAUGGGUUCUAAGACGAGUUUUAAAAAUGGACAGUGUGGGGGCUUGUCUGAUUUGAAGGGGUAUCUCGUUCCACAAUAAAGGAUUAUUAUGGCAAUUGUGUACAACACUUGAAUGAAGUGACCCCCUAAUAAAAAAUGACUUUCAAUGCACUGCACAGCACAAACAGUGGUGGGAUACCUGGCCUUCCAUUUUUGUCCCAUCUGUAUUUCAUUUCUACUUAAACACUUUUAAAAUGAAACACACCUCAUACACCUGAUCUUUAUUUUAAAUGCCACCCCCCUCCUCCCUCUCUCAACCCUUUCCUCCCACGCCUCACCCGAGCUAAUCCUACUUACUACUAAAGUCUCUCCAAUGCCUUCAUCUCUGCCUCCAUCAGCACAUCCUGUCAGUCAUACACGUCUGGUCUGUGUCUUCUUUCUAAAGCAAUAGUUUCCAUCAUUUUCCUCCCCCCAUGUUGCUUUUUCCCGAUUGCAUGCCUAUCUCUCCACCUCAUAUUCCUCUUCCUCCCUCCAGUCUGCCCUGUCAAUCAAAUGAGUCUGUUUUGUGUUUACUCUCCUUUUCAAAUGAAGUAGCAGAAGCACGAUUGAUCCCUGCAGCCAUAACUCAUGACGUAUGACUGCGCUGUUCAUCCUCUGUCUUCUACAUUAGAUUCAAGAGUUAUUUUUGGGCCAGUGUAGCUGAAUCCAACACAGUCAGAUGAUAAAACUUAGUCUUAUUCAUCUUUAUAAACACUUAUAAUUUGUUUCAGCAUGCAAAAAACAGUUUAUGAACAACAGGACACAUACUACUGGUUAACCAGUUUGUUAUUUAAGAUAUUUAUCAGGAGAGGUCUGAGAAUAACAAUGAGGUGCAGAGCUUUAUGUUGAAAGUUUCACAUCUAAGUGAUCUCUUUGAUUACACAGAGGAACAUGUUUGAUCCCAUCCUGGUUUUUGAAACAAUUCAGAGGAUGUGAAAUGGUAUUUACAGAGAACGGGCUCUGGUUCAGAAUAUUUCAUGGUUGCUUAGUCCUCAUUUUGAUUUGUUUGAUUAUAAUUGAGUCUCCUUGGAAGUACUUUCAACUAGGAUGCCCUCUAUCCCUGAGCAUGCUCUUUUGAUCUGAUUACUGAUAGUUACAGAGGGUCACAGUAAGUAAGGAGGUUACAUUGCUGGGUUUUUGUAGAUAUGUACAGAGAGAACACAACAAAUCCCCUGAUUUUUACAGCUGCAAGCAUUAUGCCAUGGAAUAGUACAUUACAGCCAUCUAGUGGAUAGGGUAGAUGGUGCAGCUACAACUGCAGCCGGAACGUUUCUUUGUGUAAAAACCUUUGGAGAUCCUGAAGUUUCACCACUGGGAUUUUUUCACUUAGCAUUAAUCACUAUUGUUUGUUCUUGAAGUCACUUUGCCGAUAACUUUCCUUUUGAAUAAUGUUUAUAAUUCAUUUUAAAAGGCAUUACACUGGGGCUGGUAUUUAGUGUGUAACAUGAGCAACCUCUGCUGGGCAAAGCUGAGAGGUGCACACCAUGCUGGACAUAACAGCCCAUUUUUACCAUUUCCAUAUUAACACGUUGUCAAAAGUCAGCAGGAUGAAAUUUGACUUAAAACAUGUAGAGGAUAUAUUGAGUAAAGACUGCUUUGUCCACAAGGGGAGCCAAAAUUGACACAAAUGAAAAAGUUGUUCCUCACAGGAGCCUUAACUGUUACAUUGCCCUUCUUGUUUUCUCUUAUCUCUAACUAACUGUAACUUAAUGUUACAGGGCAGAGCAAGUGUCCUCAUCUAUAUGCACAUUUUGUGACAUGAUUUAGAGGUCAUGAAAAUCUGUGUCCUCUCUCCACAGCAAGUGGCCCUGGCCAAAGAGUUUGAAAGUCUGGUCCGAGCAGACAACAGGUUUGAGAUCUGUGCCGAAGUCAUCAUGGGGCUGGUCUGUUUCAGGCUCAAGGUAAACGCAUACAACUUUUUAUACGACCAUGAGAUGAGACAGUGGGUGUGUGCCUUGUCCUAAAUGGCAAUAAGCCAACAUAUUAAAGAAUUAUUAAGACAGGUAAACAUAUCUAAGUUAUCUAAAACUUUCAACUUUCUCCUCUCCUUCCAGGGAGCCAAUGAGCUGAAUCAGAACUUGCUGGAAAGGAUCACUAAAAGUCGAGAGAUCCACCUAGUGCCUUGCCAGCUCUCCGGCCGCUUUGUGCUGCGCUUUGCCAUCUGCUCACGCAUGACAGAGUCACGGCAUAUCCAGCAAGCGUGGCGUCACAUCACGCAGAUGACCUUUGAGCUUUUACAGGAACCUAAUCAUUGACCGAAAAGCUUGAUAAGGAGCAAAUUACUCCCGUCUUGAAGCAAUGACCAAAGUGAGGACUAAGAUUUCCUGCUUCAAAAUGUUAAAUGUCUUAAAGGGAAUGAGCCACAAUUUCACAGCUCACUUGUCAGGUGUUUGUUGCGAAAAGUCUGUGUUGUUGCAGUUUUGCGGGUGAAAAUGAUUAAUAGCACAUCCAUAAAAACCUAAAUGAGGACAAAAGGAAAUGCUGCAGAUUCCAAAUAUGACAUUUCCCUCUUUACAAUAUGUUUACCUGUUUAAUACUUAAGUUAUCUGCAGAUUUGUCUUUAUUGUCUAUGCUGCUUUAAUGUCUCCUGUGUAUUUUUGAUUUUUUCUUUUUUUUUUUUUUAUUUCUGCAAUGAAUGUACUGCACAUUGUGUGUGUGUGUAACAAUUCUUAAGCCAAUGUGUGGCUUCUCUUAAGUGGAUAUGUUUUGUGAAUUUGUUUCAGUGAUUCAGAAAUUUAAAUGAGUGGCAGAUGUUUUUUGCUUUUUUAUUGUAAAUCUGAAUAUAAUAUAUAAAUGGAUAAAUUGCUUGUAAAAUGUGUGAUGUCAAGGAACACUGCUCCUGGUUAUCAGCAUAAAACCCAUUGUAUGAUUGCAUUAGAUCAGCUAUGAGGAAAAAUCAUUUUUAUUUAAUUUAUACAGGCAGGCUAAAGCUAAUCCUUUGUUUUAAAGAAUGCUAAUUCAUUCAUAAUGUGUUUACAAAAAAAAAAGUGAUAAAAGAGAAUUGAUAAAAGUGUGCUCUUUUGGGGGUUACACAGACAUCAUCUUCUUCCAGUGAAAGAUGAUAACUGCCAAAAAAUUAACAUAUAUUAUGAGAUGAAUCCCAUAAUACAUGUUAAUUUUUUGGCAUUUGGACCAAAAAAAAAAAAAAGAAAAACAUAAUGAAAAAAAAAUUAAUCAAGGGGUCUAAAUCCAAGGAGAGGAAAUGGUAAUUAAAUUUGUAAUCACAUUGACUAACAUGAAUUUCGUGACUAUAAUUGUAAUUCAGUCUAUAAUGUUCAUACAGUCAGGCAUUUUUUGUCCAAAGAGUCAGGUACCCUCAACUGUCACAUUUAGCGCCUAUCAUGUGUAACUCCUUGUUAAAAGUGUAACACAGUUUCACAUCAUGAACAACUGUAAUGAAAAUAACAUCCCACAUUGUUGUCCACAUCCAUGGAACACACUUUCUUUGUGGCGUGUGUGUUUGUGAUCCCCCAUAUUUGAGCACCAGGUACUGUAGAUCUACGAUGUGAAAAACAAAAAACAAAACAAAAAACUCAUCUUGUCUUAUGAUUGUGUCAAAGUCUGCAGCUGUUGCAAAUCGGGGUGUUUUGCUUGGCUGUCUGCUGCAUAUCUUGGUAAAGGUUUAUUUUAAUAAAGUGUUGUAUUGUGUA